AUGUCCCCCCAAGUUUGUAUGUGUAGUAUAUCAAAAAAUGGAUUUGAUUUAUAUAAGGGUAAGAGCUAUCGAGCUAUAGUAGAGAUUUGUAGAGUAAAUGGUCAACUAGAAGAUUUUUGUCGUCAAAUCUGCAUCAAACUGGAAUGUUGUCCAAAUUUGAUAAGUCCAUAUUUUAUAGAUGACCAAUGUCCAGAAAAUUGUGCCCAACUGACCAAAACCAAAUACACAUAUUAUUAUGGUAAAAAGAAAAAGAAAGUUGGAAGACCACCAAGUACCUUAACUAGUAUGGUUGAUGGUAACAAACGGAAUAAUAAGCUAAGAAAGAAAAUCACCAUAACAGCUCCACGAACUGGUUCUUUAGAAGGUGAUGAUGAAGAUGACAAAGCUAGUGUAGACAGUGACUCACAAACAGUUGAUAGCACUAGUACUGUAGAAUCUAAACACAAAUCUUUAUCAAAACCUGUUAAAGCAUCAAUGCGUUUAAAGAGAAAGUACAUCCAUCAUUUACCUCCUCCGAGUGAAAUGAGAACCCGUGGAGAAAAAAGACCUCGAUACAGUUUUGAACGAAGAACACACAAGAAAAUUCUUAUCUCAUCACCAUACAGUAUGUUAAACCAGAAGACAAAAUCUAGUCAAUCAGUAAGUUCUGAUUUAUUUAAUUGGAUGGAGAUUAUUCCAUAUAUGCCCUUCAUGCACUUUUGA